AUGUGUGAUAGCGCAACCACUGGAUGCUUUCUGACUAGGAGCAGCCACCGAAAAGAAAAUGGAAGAUCAGUUCCUGAUGUUACCGCCAGCCCUGGUCGUGCGCCUCCGGGCCCCUUGCCGGCGAAUCAGAUGCAAUCGUUGGCCAAUCAGCAGCAACAACAGCCCCAACACCAUCAACAACAACAACAUCAACAACAGCAACAACAACAACGACCUGGAGGCAAGGAACCGGUGUUGCUGCAGGGUGAUUUUCGCAAGGUAUCGGGCAUCAGUUCGGAGAUCUUUCGGCAGAUAGAAGCAGUCGAAAAUGAUCACGAUCCGAACACGGCAGCCGCUUUGGAGGCGGUUGAGAGGAGGGGUGAAAUGAUUGUUCGUAUUCUGGAACCCCGAUGUAUCGGUGGCAAACAAGCCGUGGAGGCAGCUCAUAAAUUGAUGUCUAAGGGAGAUGCCCGACACACAGUACAGCUUGUUGAGAUAGUUAAGCGUCCAGGACAAACUUUGGGCUUAUACAUACGCGAGGGCAAUGGAGCUGAUCGUACCGAUGGUGUUUUCAUUUCUAGAAUAGCUUUGGAGUCUGCGGUCUAUAAUAGCGGCUGCCUGAGGGUGGGCGAUGAGAUCCUGGCCGUUAAUUUGGUUGACGUAACUCACAUGUCAUUGGAUGAUGUCGUAAUUAUUAUGUCAAUUCCCCGGCGUUUGGUGUUGGCAAUACGCCAAAGACGCGACAGUCGCAGCACUGGAUCUCCGGGACCGCCAACGUUAUCGCGACCAGAACAAAAGCCACCGCCAGUAGUCGUUAUCAAACGUGAUCUCAGAGAUGAAGACUUAGAUGAGACAGAUCGCAUGCCAAGAUCCCGAUCAUCACGCGAAAGACGUACAGGAGAUGGCAGAGAAAUGACAGAGUCCCGCUCGCGCCUCGGCUUGGGUCUCAAUAACUACAGCCCACAGUCUGAGCAAUUGGACAUGUAUUACAAUACACGUGCUGGCGUGAGUGCGAUGAACGAACCUCCAAGUUGGGGCUAUAAGCCACCGCCACCACCAUCGGUCAUCACGGAACAGCCUAAGGGGCAUGCUUUUGCUCCUUCGCAUGCGUAUUAUCAAAAUGCUGGUACACUGGAGAGUUUGGCCGAGAAGGUACACGCUUUCUAUCCGAGUGGACCAUCUAGGCGUAUGUCGACUGGCACCGGUGUUGGUUUAGCGCAGCAGCAUGCGCGCUUUCCACGCUCUGGAUCAGAUCAACAUUUACCACGUGUGGAAUAUACAGAUUAUUCGAACUCCUUGGGUCGACAUUCCUUAUUGCGUUCUAGUUUGAAACCGGGUACCGGUGCGGCACCUAUAGCAGUUGGAGGAACUCUGGGACGCUAUGGGCGCUAUGAACCACCGCGUCAAUCCUCAAAAUAUGCACCACCAAAUAUAGGCGCACAAUCGCUUACUCGCCGCUCGCGACCGAAUCUGGACUAUUCCAGUGACACGGAAGCAACUAUAGGACCCAGACCAAGUUACUACUACUAUAAUAGACCUGCUGUGGGUAGCAUGCCACGCGGCACCAGCACAGCAGGUGUGGGUGGAGCCGGGUUACUUGGAGUUGGGCCAGAUAUGGCGAAAUUCAAUUCACUGCCACGUGAACGUCCGGGCGUGCGUCUACAGGGUAUACGUACACGCAUCGGCGAUCGCAUUAUGGAUGAGAGUGACGGUAAUAUAUCAGCACCGGAAUUCAAUGCUCGUCGCGACCGUGAUCUGAGAUCACGAAUUACGGCGAGCCCUUCAAUUUUCACUUCGGACGAGUACCGAGCGUGGUUGAGGCGAGCACCCAGUAGUUCAGCUAUAGCGGAGCAAAUGCGUAUGACGCGAGAUCUGCUAAGCCAGCCUCGAUCACACCGAUUUUCAUGUAGCGCCGAGAAUAUACACGAUGCACUGAAAAAUACUGAAAGCAUUUACUCCAGUCGAACGGGAAUACUCGGAACUGGUACAUUGGAUCGACACCUCGGCAUGCCACGCCCCAUUUCAGCAUUACCAGUCCGUUCGAUGUCAUCGCAGCACAUUGGGGGCCCAUCAUCGAUACGUUCGCCAAGUAUACGGCGCAUGCGGCAGCUGCUCGAACUUUCCGCAGGACCGGCUAGUCCAAGCGGUAGCAUUAUGAGCACUGGUGGCCAUCAAAGUCCGGCGCCGACGCCUAGUGCCACACUACCCAGAACGCACAGACAAAUUGAUAUUAAUCCAGCGGAGUUUGCCAAGUACAAACUCGACAAACCGAUAGUCGAUAUUGGUGGUAUAUCGGGCAUGUUGUGGAUCCAUUUGCUUGCGGGCCGUGGUUUACGUUCGGCACCCGAACUAGGCGCACAGCACGUCGGGGGCCCACAUCAUGCAGCGCAAUCUCAGACACGUGAUCUAUAUUGUGUGAUCGAAUGCGAUCGUGUGCAUAAAGCACGCACAGUGGUGCGAUCCGGUGAUCUCCAAUUCGACUGGGACGAGUCUUUCGAGUUGGACUUGGUUGGCAAUAAACAGCUGGAUGUAUUAGUUUACUCGUGGGAUCCACAACAUCGUCACAAGUUAUGUUAUCGCGGCGCCAUCUCACUUUCCAUUCUGCGACAAUCACCGCUCCAUCAGUUAGCGUUGAAGGUGGAACCACGUGGCACUAUUUACAUACGAAUGCGUCAUACAGAUCCCAUUACCUUGUAUCGAAGGCGCGGUUUGCCUAGUCUAAGGGCUGGAUAUCCCAUAUUGUUCGGCGCUGAUUUAGAGACAGUGGUGAAUCGUGAAUCUAAGGGUGCUCCUGGAAGUGCACCUGUGCCAAUUGUUCUGCGACGUUGUGUAGAGGAGGUUGAGCGACGUGGGCUGGACAUAAUUGGUCUAUACCGUUUGUGUGGUUCAGCAACGAAAAAGCGUCUGCUACGAGAGGCGUUUGAGCGCAAUAGUCGUGCCGUGGAAUUGAGCCCCGAACAUGUUCCUGAUAUUAAUGUUAUAACCGGCGUGCUCAAGGACUACCUAAGAGAGUUGCCGGAACCGCUGUUUACGCGAUGUCUCUUCCAGAUGACUGUCGAUGCUUUAGCUGUUUGCCUGCCAGACGACCCUGAGGGCAAUGCAAAACUAAUGCUCAGCAUACUAGAUUGCCUACCCAGGGCAAAUAGGGCCACCUUAGUAUUCCUGCUCGAUCACUUGUCGCUCGUUGUAUCCAAUUCUGAGCGGAAUAAGAUGUCAGCUCAAGCUUUGGCCACCGUUAUGGGUCCUCCAUUGAUGCUACACGCCGCUAAUGCUCAGCCGGGUUCGGAAAUCGAUCAUGCCCAACCAAUUGCCGUGCUGAAAUAUCUACUGCAGAUUUGGCCACAGCCGCAAGCGCAGCAUCUCCAGGCGCCCACUGGCGGCAUCGGUAGUGCGGCUGGCUUAAUGGGCAGCAUGGUCGGUGUGGGCGGUGGUUUGGCGGGUGCGGGCAGUAUGAGCAACAUGGCGGGCGCUGUUUCAGGUCGGCGCGGCGAGUCAACAGGGCAGCGUGGAAGCAAAGUCAGUGCGUUGCAAGCGGACAGACAACUUCUACUGCAGCAGCAGCAGCAGCUCAUGGCGGCGGGCAAUCUUCUACGCUCGUCCACUUCGGUAACCAACAUACUCUCACAAGGCCAUCAUCCGCUCUCAGCCACAGUCAACAGUCAUCUGUAUCAAUCAGUAGUGGGUCAGUUAGCUCAAUCGCCUCGAGCCUUGCAACAAGCGGUGCAACAGCCCCAUCAAUUGGCGGGCUCAGCGGCCUCAGCAAUUCUCGACCAAUCGCCACUGCCACUUCCAGGCACACCCUCCCCAGGCAGUAGUUCGGCAUCGACCGGCUCCGGUUCGGGAUCCGGUAAAAGUACUGAUACAAUAAAACGCGGAGCAUCGCCCUCCUCCGUCAAGCAUGUGAAAAUCCAAGAAUCCUCCAGCUCAUAUUCCAUAGCACAGAAGAAAUCAACAAAAGAUUCACCAAUCGAUGAUAAUUCGCUCUCUGUAGCAGCUAUUCCAACAACAACUAUACAAACAGCAACAAGAAGAGGCGUCGAAUUUCUCCAAACGCACAAACCUCAGUUAAAGGGUGAUGAAAGCAGUUACUCGAAAUAUGGCGAGCUGGGGAUGAAAACGCGUACAGCUUUUAGCGAAUCGAGCACUUAUGGUACUGGCAAGGCGGCACUUUCGACUCUAUCAACCGAAGAUUACAAAGCGAUGCGUAACAAAUCGAGUGCUACAUCCUCCUCUUCAUCAUCGCAAGCGACGGUUUUGAGUGCCGCUGGUUCUACUGCCACUUCAGCACCGACAACAUCAUCAGAUGAUUCUGACGAUUUAAUCUCAUAUAAAUCUUCGGCGUCUACGAAUGCGUUGCUAGCACAAUCUCAGGCCAUGACUACAUCUCAGCUUAUGUCCAAGUAUCUGAAGAGGGAACCGCGUGUUCAAUUUACGCCCAUAAAAUCUCCCGAUUCGCCUUCUCCACCCGAUAGUGAUGGUCUGCCUAAAGGCGUCUACCACCUAACCACAUCGAAUGGCAAAACGGGCGCAUCAACAGGUGCCAUUAGUAAACAUUCAGCAGCGAGUACGGGAGAUCCAAAUGCAAGUAGUAACCACAAAGGCGCAUCCCCAUCUAGACAACUAAGUGGCAAAGAACCAACAGUAUCAGCAUCAACAUCAUCGUCAACAUCAUCAUACACAGCACAAUCAACUUCAUCAUUUGUAUCGACUGGCAGGAGGCUAUUUGAUAGUUUAGCAUCAUCGGAAGCAGAGGGACGACCUCAAGCGGGGACCGCCAGCACAACAAUAGCAGCAAUGUCUGCAACAUAUAAUGAUAGUAAAAGUGUAGCGAGUAGUCAUAUUAGUAAUAAGAAUCAAAGUUCAGAACACAGAAGUUAUGGUACUAAUCUGUUCGGAAGUAGUGGGCAUAGUGGCACAAGUCCUUUUGCCACAAACGGUAAUGCGACAAAUGGCACCCACAAUGCUAUGCAUAUUUACGGUACACUACCCAAAAACGGUCCAAUCGCUAGUGCAACAGGUAAUGGUUCCUCGAGUGGCGCAGCUGGAAUGUACAGUUCCACCACAUCCGCCUCGUACUAUUCGGGGUCGUCGGGCGGCCACACAGCUAGUAGUAGUGGUGUGAGCUCAAUGACUGGUUCGACCACCAGUUACGAUUAUUACAAUACCAGUUCAACCUCGUAUACAUCAGCGGCUAGCACGCGAUCCUAUGGUAACGGCGGCACUAAUGGUGGGGGAAAUUAUCACACUUUGGGUACAUACAGGGUACAAUAUGCAGCCACUAAUCCUUUUCUAGACGCAUUCGAAGCACCGAGCAAUAGUAAUAGUGCAGGUAAUGGAGCUGCGAGUGUACAUGGUAGUGGCAAUAAUGGCGGCAAUGGUGGGCAUGGCUAUAGGAACAAUGAACAUCAGCAGGGUAAUGGGGGGAGUAGCAGUGGUCAUCAACGAACGUCGCUGCUGGCCGCUUUGCAUGGCAGCGAUUCAAAGAAUGGCAGUGAUGAGUUCGAUGAUUUGAAGUAA